AUGGGAACUGUGGAGAAACGGACUUGCGCCCUAGUAGAGGCGCAGAGCCACUCCGUUCGUCUGGAGGAGAAGAAGGGGAGGAAUCCUUUACCACCGGCCUAUCGCGGAAUCGAAAAUUUGGGCAGUGUAGGUGCAAGAAUGAGUCGUAAUCAGAUAAUAACGGAUGAAGCAGGGCCAUCGACGUCGAAUUCACGGAAAGUCCGAGAUAUUACUCACACAAAGUCAGACAAAGUUCGAAUGUGCUUCCAAGUGGAAUUGGCUCAUUGGUUCUAUAUUGACUUCUACUGCAAACAAGAAGAAAGAAAAGAUUGUGCUCAAAUGGGAAUGCGAGAAUUUGCCAGGCAAAUUUUCAAGCAUUGUGAUGAGCUGGCACCCUAUGCAGCACACGUAGACCAAGUUAUUGACGAGUGGCGGUGGUACAAAUCAACGGUUCCUACAUAUGGAGCAAUCUUACUAGAUGAAACCCUAAACCACGUGUUACUUGUUCAAGGAUUCUACGCGAGCAAAAACAGUUGGGGAUUCCCCAAAGGGAAAGUAAGUCAAUUUUGA